GACACGGGCAUCUCGUCCAAGGCCAUGGGCAUCAUGAACUCGUUCGUCAACGACAUCUUCGAGCGCAUCGCGGGCGAGGCGUCGCGCCUGGCGCACUACAACAAGCGCUCGACCAUCACGUCGCGGGAGAUCCAGACGGCCGUGCGGCUGCUGCUGCCCGGGGAGCUGGCCAAGCACGCGGUGUCGGAGGGCACCAAGGCCGUCACCAAGUACACGAGCUCCAAGUGAGCGCUCCCGUGCGCGCACCCCAAAGGCUCUUUUCAGAGCCACUCAGCAUUUCAGGAAAAGUAGCUGGCACUGUGCAUGUCGGCUUUUGUCUUCUGAGGCUUGUGAGUACGUCUGGGAGGAAGUUCCUGAAAAAGUGGGUAGCUUAGCGAAAUGGCUAUUGCGUGUAGUAUGUUGCAGUUUUUCAAUGAAGUAGUGAAACAACUACGUUCCUGCCUUUGUCGCGGGGCGGGGCUGUCUGCAGGGGCGGUGCGAGGCCGUGCGUGGUUGCGCGUUCCGAGCGGGCCUCCCAGAGCACCGCCAAUUUGCCUUGCUGCGGGGGAGCUGCGAGCGGGAGCCGGUUCUCGGCUGUUCUGCCCCCGGGUACUGCGGCGGGAUCGACCGAGGACGCCCCGCCAUGA